UCGACUGGAUAUUUGUACGCAUGCGCGCAACGCUGUGUAUGCGUGAGAGUUGAAAAGAGAGGUAAACAGCUAACAGAUAACAUAUUGAAUUGGAUUAAAAUGGAUACGCAGAAAGAUCUGCAACCGCCUAAGCAGCAACCUAUGAUCUACAUAUGUGGGGAAUGUCACACUGAAAAUGAAAUCAAGGCCCGUGAUCCAAUCCGGUGCAGAGAGUGCGGCUACAGGAUUAUGUACAAGAAGAGAACAAAGAGAUUGGUUGUUUUUGAUGCCCGGUGAAGAAGAAGAGAGCAGCUGUUUUCACUGUUUUUGUGCUGUAUGAACAUGUAAAUAAAUACACCUUGAGGCCUGGCUCCAGAUUUUAAAAUAAUGGUUAAAACUCACCAUUUUCAUGUUGACACCAACAGCUAUGUUUAUUUUAUUUUAUUAUUAUUGCCCAAGAGUGAUGGUUUUGUAUUAUUAAAAACGUAAUUUUGCGGUUCUUAA